CAGCGCCAUCUACAAUUUUGAGCAAAAGAGAAUAACAAAAAUAUUGAAGUUGUAAAGGAUGUUCGCUGCUUGAUUAUUUAACAAAAAACAAAGCAACAUUAUUAGCAGAAUUUAGUGAGUUAGUGAUAAGUAUAAGUAAUGGCUUCGCCUCUAGAAGUAUUUGCAAACACGAUUAGAAACUUGUCCGCCGAAGGAAGUUAUCGCGAUUUAUGCGACUACUUAACGAAAUCCAGUGACUUAUUAGCGAAAAACACACAGCACCUCGAUAAUGUACUGGAGACAUUGGAUGUGCAGCAGCAUUCACUCGCGAUACUCGCAAUACUGUGCGCCAAGUUCAAUGCACCAGCGUCUACAGCACAGAACAAUCGCUACAAUCAAGCGCAUGAUUUCAUUCUAAACUGCAAUGGGGAACAUAUUAGGCUUGCACCAGAAAUGUUUGCUGAACUGUGCCACCUAAUUACAGCAUAUUUAGUGGAACAGAAGCAAGCAAUCCAGGGAAUUUACCUGAUCAAAAAAGCCAUCAGUAAGAUGCAGUUGUUUGAUUCUCAGUUGACAUCUAUACAUGCUGAUCUUUGUCACUUGAGCCUCCUGGCUAAAUGCUUCAAGGAAACUCUGCAGGUGCUUGACAUUGACAUCACUGGAAUGUGCCAGGAAUCAUCAGCAAAUCCCCCCUUUGACACUAAACAUUAUCUCUUGUACUUCUACUAUGGUGGCAUGAUUUAUCUUGCAGUCAAAAACCUGGACAGGGCAUUGUACUUUUUUGAGGUGUGCAUCACCACGCCUGCGUUCGCUAUUUCGCACAUUAUGUUGGAAGCAUACAAGAAAUAUAUUCUAGUUGCGCUGCUCUCUCAUGGCAAGGUACAAACGGUGCCGAAAUAUACGUCGCACGUGGUCACGCGCUUCAUCAAGCCUCUGUCUCAGCCCUACCAUGAUUUGGCGAGCGCGUUUAUGAAUAAUAACAUCCCCGAGCUGAAUAGUGUGGUUACCAAGAACACAGAACUCUUUGCACGCGAUCACAACGUUGGCCUGGUUGCGCAAGUCUCUACAAUGAUGCACAAGAAAAACAUUCAACGACUAACAAAGACCUUUCUCACGUUGAGUCUCGCUGAUGUCGCGCUGCGGAUUGGCCUGCCAGGCCCCGCGGACGCUGAAAAGAUCAUUCUUCACAUGAUCGAAGACCAGCAGAUCUUUGCCACCAUCAAUCAGAAGGAUGGUAUGGUUGUAUUUAGGGACGAACCGGAAAAGUACAACGGACCGGAAGUACUCAUCAAGCUUGAAGCGGAACUGGGCGCGUGUAUGGAUCUUGAUAGGAAAAUAUUCACAAUGGAUGAAGAGAUUCAGGUGAAUCCACAGUUUGUCAAAAAAGUGGCGGGUGUACAGGAUGAGGACCAGCCAAAGAAUACCUACGCUAUGUGAAUACGUCUGAAUAUACCAUCAAUAAACUUUUCUACGCGGGCA